GUGCAAUUUCAAACUUGGUGCUCUACACUUCAAAGGGGUCAUCAUCAGUACUGUCGAUUAUCAAGGUCAAUAAGGCAGUACUCUUAUAAGAGUCAUGGAAUCCAUCAGCGACGAAGCAGUGUUGAAUAUUAUGGAAAACUCUCCUGAUAAGUAUUUUUGCACACUCUGUUCUCCUGUCUACCGUAUUUGCUCAAAUGAAUCACAUGGGUUGGAAAUGCAUAUCAGAUCUACUCAUCCCGAAACAAAAAAUCUUCGUUGUAUUUAUUGCUCUGAGUUGGUUUCAUCAGUAUCCAUUUCAAAACACAUUGACAUGCAUUUUGGUCUAAUGGAUACCCAGAACCUUCCUUUUACAUGUCCAUGUUGUCCUAGAUCGUUCGGUACUAUGAAAGCACUGGGUCAACACGCUCUAAGUCUCCAUGAUAUCGAUAAAAGCGAUGUGUUUUUCAAAUGUGGUCAUUGUGAUAGAUCAAUGAACUCACCUACAGAGUUAAAAUCACAUCUCCGGAAAUAUACACUCAUUCUGUUUCACUGUCGUUUCCCUAACUGUCGUGUCAAAUCAAAAAAUGUGGAAAUAAUAAAAAAACACGCGCUUCAGUUUCACGGAACUAACAGCCCUCUUGUGACUACAACUUAUUCGUUUAUGUGCUCUUGGCCUUCAUCUGUACGACCAACACGCAUUCAAUCCCAUCCACCCGACAUUUCGAAAUUAAGCCGCCGAGUUCCAUCAGCAUUUUUCUGUGCUCAUUGUUCAUUUGGUACAUCUCACCUAGAAAACUUUGCUCAACAUUUGGCGAUGUGCCGAGCUAUUUCUUCUCAUUUGCUCAUAACUUCUCUGUCCGUCACCUGUGUCCUCCAUCGUUGUUCAGAAUGCGGUUGGAUGACCAAUAUUCGUAAUAUGCUAACGGAACACUUGCAUGAUAUGCAUCCCUUGCUUAGUGAGGAGGACGGAGUGGUCACUGAAGACUUUACAGUUCCUAUAUCUGAUGAAUCUAUUACUGAAAACUAUAAUUUUAUUAGCAAAAAUAUGGAAACCCUACGCAAUUCUCCGCUUCAACAACUACCAAAUUUUUUCUCCUCUGGAAAUUCAACUUUGCUCCAUAUGAACGACGGAACCAAUUUACACAACGAUCUCCCGUUACUUUGUUCAACCGCCUCCAAUCUUUCAGCUGAAGUUACGAAACAUUUAUCAAGUAUUCAUGCCCCAUCAUCUAUUGAUAGUUGUGAAGCUGAUGAAGUUGGAGAUAAUGAAGAGCAUGUCGGUGUCGAAGGUGAUAAUGAUGAACUAAAAAAGCCAAGCACAGACAUGAAUCUCAACAAUAGGCCUAUCACCUCUAACCUACCUCCUGAUGUAGCAGAUUCUAAACAGGAAAGUGUCACUGAGACGGCUGCAGAAGAAUAUGUACAACUAUACUUUAAUGAACAAGCAUUUGUUACUGCUUAUAUGAAAAAUGAGAAAUUUAAUCCUAAUAACGAUACUACAAAUGAUGAGCUAAACGGUGUCCUGGAAAAGCUGCGUCGUUUCGCCAGUUAUCGUGUCCCUAUUCUUGGUCGCGCGAAUCAGCGUCGUGUUGCUGGUUGUCCAGAAUGCUUGAAACCAUUUAAUCAUGGAUUCACAGACCUCAAAAAACAUCUCCUAGUAACUCAUCUUGGCGUUCGCCGUGACAUAUCACGUUUUACCAUUGAUUUCACUCAUUCCGGUAGGAGCCAUCAUAGCACACUACCUAGUCAAACUAAUAACUCACUUAUUAAUUCUGACAAUUCACCGCAGUCAAAACACUCUUUCGGAAUUCGAAAUGGACGUCUCUCUGGUAAAGCGUUCCGUCGUAAACCUUUUCCAAUUUCACCACUCUCCAAUCCUCUUUGUAAACGUCCGACGCCUGGUAAGUACGAAGACUCUCGGAAGUCACCAACAGAACCACUGGCUACUGUUUCUUCUGAUGGUCUUCCAACCCUAGUAACGUCUGGUUCUUCCUAUUCAGGUGGUGCUCCAGUUCACCGAGUUAUCCCAGGGACUGGUGUUUCCGAUCAUUAUGAAGACAUGCGGUCAUUGGAAGAAGUUUCUGCUCAAGCUCCUAUCGGUAGAGGCGGUAUUGUUCCUCUGGAUGAAAUGGGUAAUCCAAUCGUUGCUGCUGUUGUUGCUGCGGGUCAACCCCAAACGUCCACCUAUUCAGGUGGUACAGAAAUCUUUCUUCCUAAAGUUGGACGUCAGCGCGUCCAGUUGGCGUAUUCAUUCCCAGUAUUUAAUCGUUUACUGGAAGCUUAUCAAGUCCCGAUGCCAGAACGAAUUCAACUUGUCAAUCGUAUGAACCACUAUGCUCGAAUGCAUGUCAUAAUGGAUGUUCUGGUUCCUGGGGGAGCACAAAAACGUUUUUCUUGUCCGACUUGCAUGUAUACUUCAGUACACUCGUUAGCCGAUAUUCGUAAACAUAUUAUGGGGUCUCACUGUGGUAUUUCUACUAAGCGUUUCAGACUCUGUCUUCGGGCUUCUAGACAUGAUACUACAACGUAUCGCUUGCAUUCAGAUGACAGGAUGAUUCGAUUCGUUGAAGAUCAUAGGCGAAGACAAAUACAACUAACCGAUGCAAGAUCAAACCUUAAAGUCACUUCGAUUGAUAGUGAUGCCGAAGAAGCAAAGGAGGACUCAAAUGAAACUUAUUCCCAAGUAGUGAAUGAUGAAAAUAAUCAGUUCUCAAAUGAUUUUACCAAGUCUCAGGUAUCACUCAAUGAUCAAGAAGAACUAGAAACACAAACUAUCGAGACAGAUUUGUACGACGAUAGUCAUCAGGAAGGGGUUCACGGAGCUGAUGAAGAGAGUGAUAAUCGUUUUCUCACUGCCAACGUAAAUCUAAACUCCGAGGACUAUUUCGUCACUCCAACCAAAACUCAUGAUAACUCUAUUAUAGUUGCUAAUGAUACUCCUAAUACGUAUUCGGAUGAAAAUGUUAAACAAAACGAGGAGAUCCACCGUCGUAUUGAAUUACCUUUCUCUGAUAAUGUACUGCGCGUCUUGCUGGAGCGAGAGGGUAUGUUUGAUCAAUACGAUGAUUUGGUAGUCAAGAUGCAAGUCUACUCUAAGCAUCAUCUUACUGUUGUCUCACGAGGAAAUCGAAUUUACUCGUACAUUUGCAUAUGUGGACGUCGUUUUGCGGUGAGUCCUUUAUUUAAAAUUUGGCUUUUUUUCUAUUUUCAUAUAUUAGCGUAAAUUGUUGGUCUAUCUGUCGUAAUGGUUUUUUUUGUUUAUCUACAAUUCCUAGUAUAAAGGUUUGUCUUCGGAAAAUCUGUUCUAGUGCUAGCAGUAUUAAUUGAUUUGCAUCAUCGCUGAUUUCUUUUCUAUUUCACAGGUUGUUCGUGAUGAAGUUGAAAGCGAUAUUAGACCAGCCAGUCUAGCCGAUUGCAGACGUCAUAUUCUGGGAGUCCAUGCCAGGAUCCCUCAAGAACUAUUAACAUUAUGCUGCCAGGCGUCUCGCAUUUCUAAAGAGUCUGGAUAUAAGCUCUAUGCAGAUACUUCUCUUUUGGCAUUAGCUGAACAACACAAAUUUCGAAGCACGAGAAUUCAGAGUUAUAGUCGUAAAUCGGAAGGUGGAAUAUCUCCAAUUAAACGUCCUUUAGAACCUAUCAUACCCAAUGAUAUAGAAGGAAUUUCAGAGUUAUCUGUACCUACCAGUUCCGUUAAUUCAGUUAAUCAACGAUCAAACACAUCCUACUCAAGUAUGGGUUUCAACCAUUCUGCACCUAGUCAAGUAGCUCUACAUCAUUCGUCUUCAUAUUCCUCGAACCAUCCUUUACCACCCAUGUUGCGUGCUCCAACUGUUAAGUAUGAACCAAGUGAACCAGAUGAGUCACCACCCCCAGAGUAUAACAGACCCAAUGGUAAAACAUCAUCUAAUAUGAACUCUACUAAGUCUCCAGAACUUAACCCUUACUCAUUCGAAGAACGACAUAACGGCCUGGAUCUUGAAGCUCCUCGUCGCAUACUUACUCCCGAAGAGUCGGUUACAUGGAGCCAAAAACUAGGUUUACCUGCUUCAUGGGCUUUGGAAAGAAUCGUUCGACUCUUGUAUAGUCCUGCUGUUUUUGAUCAUCAAGUUAGAUCUGUUCUACCUGAUGGUGAUAGCUUUAUUGGUAGCUUGCAUGAACGCAUGAAAGUUUAUGCUAGACAUUCUGUUUAUAUUACUCGUAUGAGGGAAACUCCCAAUAUUACUCAACGCAUUUAUGUUUGCUGUGCAUGUCUAACUACAUCACAUCAUGGUUUCGGAGAUGUAAGGAAACACAUAUUAGGCGUUCAUGCUCACGUUCCGGAACGCUUUAAAUCUGCAGCCAUGUGUUCUAGUAGGUUGAAUAGAGAUGAUUAUUUUCUGUAUACUGAUAGCCAACUCCUAAUGCUAGCUAAUUCUCCUGGGCGUAACGCGAAUAUAUCAGCUUUGGGAUCUGCAUCUAACAAAACCCUAUCACAUUUAAAUCAUAAUUCAACACCUCAUAAACAUCGCCAAAACGAUUCAGAAUAUGUAUCUCCUCAAAACACUCCGAAUAGAAAAAGACGGUUUUCUGGUACUGAAAGUGACUCCAUUGAACUUGGUAUUAAACCAGAAUCCUCUAAUCAGUUUUUACCUGAUGAAAUUCUACAUACUGCUCAUUUAAACGGACAUGCUGCAUUUUCUCCUGACAUACCUACCAAACCCUAUGAAGAACACGAUGAACACCGUCCUCCAAUUAUUCUUACUAUACCGCGUCCUAAAGCUUUUCAUCCAUCUGAUCAACCAGAUGAUUUACCUGUUCGAUUAUCCUCUAUAAACGCGGCGAAACCUAUUGAUGAGUAUAUAAAUCCAGACAAUGCUUAUUCAUCAUCUGGUUCGCGUAGUAGACGUUCAAUGAUUCUUAAAUCCAAACGUCCUUGCCCAACAUCUACGUAAACUACUUUUCUUACAUAUCCUAUGUUAAGAAAUACAUAUAUACGGAAAUUAAACUGAAUUAUGCUUAGCAUGUUAUUUAUACCACAAAUUUCUUAAUCAUCUUGUACAUAAAAAUAUAUAUAGUUAUUAUUAAACAGGAACUGUAUCACAAAAAUGAAUACCUCGAAUCGUCAAAAAAUUUACUCGCAAAUGCAUUAUUAGUUAUCAAGACUUGUUUGUAUGAUAAAUGUUUCAUAGCUUUUUCCUUAAUUUCACUUUUUAUUUGGUGACAUUGUUUUGUAAUGUGUUUAAAGCAACAGUAUAAACUAUGACUAUAUACCCUUUUGUAUUCAGUAUAUAUAUAUAACAAUAGUAAUAAUGCUUUCCUUACCUAAUAAACAAUUGAUAGAUAAUUAAUCAAAUUAGUGAUGCAUUGAUGUUAAUGUGGAUUCUUAUCAAGUUAUCGUCAGUCAUUUGUUUUGCAGAAAUAAUUUCAUGUGUUCGUUUUAUGUUUCAACAUUUCACUUUAGUCUACACUUGUAGCACACAUACUUCUCCUUUAGACUUCUUUCAAGCACGCCUUCCUUUUGUUCUACUGAUAUCUUAUUAUACAUAUAAAACAUUCCAUUCUACACUUUUUGUUAAUAUGUAUUUAUGUUCAUGUAUUAAUCCUCCUCUAAAAUGAAAACUGAUAAUUUUUUGAUCCUCUUGGCGAUUUGAUUAAUUCGACUUUGUUUUCCUUGUGAAAUCUGAAUUCAUACUUUUGAUUGGUCGUUUGGAUAACAUGUAAAUCAUCUAGGAAACCUUAUUAGUAGAUGGAGAUGUAAAUUUCAAUUUGGUCUAACAGCCCAAAUUAAUAAGCUAAAAUAAGAAUUUCAUU